UCCUCGAAUGCCGAUAUAGCGCCGAGCAAAGAGUCGUCGUCCACUUGUGGCCGGCAUAAUACUGUGCCGAUGCCACGACUGGUGACCCCGACGUGAUCGUUAGUGUCGUGAUGCCGCUGGAUCAUUUUUCGGUGCGACGUGAACUUCUUCCUACCGCCAGAUAUGACGACUUCUGCCGCCGAGACUGCACCGGCUCCUGGCUGCCACACGCGUAAAACGGUACCGAGGAAAAUAGCCGACCACGUGGCCGCUUUCAGGUUUCUCUCUGACGGAAGACGCUAAUUAUGUAUCGAGGAGAAUAAUCAACCGAUUUACUAUUUCUCGAGGAUUCUCCUUCCUAGUACUUGACGUGAUAAGUGAGUGAUAUAAAUUGUAGCUUACGUGAUCUACCGUUCGGAAACUAUUUGCAACCGGGAGGUCUAUUCUGCUCCUAUCACCACUCACUCUGUUUUACCUUCCACCGGUGGAGUUCCCGAACGCAAUCUAGAAAGGGUGAUGAAAAAAUCUCAGGGGGGCAGCGUAGGUGCGGGUGAGGGCAGGUUCAGUGACGUGAGUGUUCAACAGGUUCUGGCUGAAUGUAAAUUACAGGAUGUACCGGCGUUGUUAAACCGUGGUGAUAAUUGACGCGAAUUCGAUUGAUGUGAACGAACGUAUCAAUAUCUGCCGAUUAGUCAGACGUCAUGCCCGGUUGCGUGGCUGCGUGGUGCACGAAUUCCUCCAGCAAGGGAUUCAAAAUGUGCAAUUUCCCGCGGAACAAGGAGAGACGAGAAGCCUGGGUGAAGAAUAUGAACCGACAGGACUGGUCACCGACACCCCACUCGGCUUUAUGCGAAGCGCACUUUGCAUCAGACAUGUGGGAAAAAGUGCGAAUAGAUGGCAAGAAAAAGCUGAAAGCUUGUGCCGUGCCCACAAUAUUUGUCACAAAUUGCGUGUAUAUGUUUCUGAAAGAGAAAGAAAGGGACACCCCAAUGAGGAGAAAAAAUAUCCUAGAUUCAGUAUCUAUACUGCGGAAAAAAUCGAGAUAUUCCACAAAGAAAGGUGCUGAAUUGCAAAAGGUAUGUGACAGACAAUUGCAUAGGAAGCAAGUGACAAAUAAUGAGGAAACUAAUAACAAUAAUGAGUUUAGAAAUGUUUAUGAAAAUAAUAUAAUGCAAUUAGAAGAGUUAGGGAAUAUAUCAAAGGAUUUAAAUGAUCUAUCUGGUUCUAUAAACAAUGGGACAUGACAAAAUUGAUAGAAACAAUGGAGUCUCUUUCAACCAAGAGGAAGCAAUUGUGAAAAAUAAUGCAGAUUCAGCAUAAAAAAAGAAAAUGAAAAUAUUAGAUCAACUUAACAUAUAUUAUCAAGGACGAAGAGAAGAUUAAACAGCUGGAGGAAGAAGAGAGACUACACAAAGUUAUCACUUUUGAAUGAUAAAUCUUUGAUACUACUCGAAGUAACACAGAGUAUUUAAACAAUAGUAAGGAGAAUUGUAAAAGUUGGAGAAUCCUAAGUCCUUCGGAGUAAGUUGACAACUACAACACCGACGAGGAGACGAAAUUCAUGGAGAUGGAAUCAUUUCAGAGUAAUACCCCGUGUUACGCUAACCCGACUUGCGCGAAGUCAGAGUUACGCGAUUGACAAUUUCUUCGCUUCCCCCCCACCACUCAUCUCCCGUUUAUUGCGAGGCGGCAGGUACGCACUUGCAGCUUUCAUAAACGUGUCUCAGGCGCGCGAACGCAAAUUGUUUCUGGCAUCUUUGUGUUGCCAGAACUUCUUUACUAGAUUUUAUGAAGCCAUCUACUUCAAAAUAAUCUUUUUUUUACUUCACUUAAAACUUAUUUUUUAAAUUAUGUUGUAAGAAACACCUUUGAUUACUAUUAGUAUUAAUAAAUUAGUAUCAAUAAAUUAGUGUUCUCUUUAUAAACCUGCUAUCAAAGAACCAAUUAUUCCAGGUUAGUAUGUACAUAUUUAUAUGAAAAUUUGUACCCUGACUUUACGCAUUUUUGACUUACGUUAUAGUAAUAUUAUCAGAAUAUUAUUAAAAUAUUACGUCUGAUAUUUUAAGAAUGUGCCCAAAAUAUUAUUUGAUAU